CAUUUUUGCACUCAUUAGAUCAAUGAGACAAAAGUCCAUCCCCAUCCCUCUCUCCCCUCCCUAUCUCGGCCAAGACACAGCAACCAAGAGCAAGAAAAAUCCUCAUCCCCCUUCCUCCAUUGUUGAAGAAAGCUCAUCAAGGAAGAAUCACCCAAAAAGGAGCUAAAGUGCUAAAAGUGUGAAAUAAUUAAGGAACUUGUGAGAGGUAUUUCAAGUGAUUUCACAAGGUUGGAAAAGUCGCCGGAGUUGUCGCCGGAGUUGACCAAAAGUCGCCGGAGUUUCACCGGAGUUCAACCAAGAAGGGUAGAACUUCAUAACGCUAGUUCAAGGUUGAAGCUAGGGCUUGCUACUUGCACCUUCUCACGGGUGGUAUCAUAUCGGGAAGACGUGGUUCGUGCUUCUCCUUAUUUUCUUUCAAACUACCGAACACAUGCUCAUGGAUAUUUGUUUUACUAUAAACACUUUUUUUGGGCUUGCAUGCCCAUGUUGUUGGCCGGUUGUGGCUCAUGACUUACCGUUGAAUAUUUCCGCUAUUCAUUGGUUUAAAUGUGAUGUUGUUAUGUAUGUUUACUACGGAGUAUGGAUGGAUUGUUUUCCCGAACGCCUUGUGUAAUUAAGUGAGGUUGACUCGUGGGUGACGUCACUUAGUUAUACGACGGUUGUACACGCGCUUGGAUUGCGGUCUGGGGCGUGACAAUUAAGUGGUAUCAAAGCCAUCUCAGUUCUAAACUAUAUAAUCAACCUCUCACAAAAGAUUUUGCAAAAGAGAUCUUGCCGAAAACCUUGAGCAUUGUAUUUUGACGUUUAUAGGACUAUUGGUGCUUAAGUUGCAAGGCCUCUAAUUGUUAAGACGGUACCCUUAACAAUUGGUAUGGUGGUGACUUGGGCCAAUACGUGUCUGUAACGUUCUUCCGUCAAUUGACAUUUAUAGGAGUCUAAUGACUCAUCCAUAUUUCUUUCAGAAAUGGAGGGCAGGCGAAUGGGGACCAGGAACAAUCCGAGGGGGCACGCGCCGGUAGCAUCCCAAAGGGGAAGCCGGGCUGCAUCUCGGGGUUCGAGAGGAGGCCGUGGAGGCCGUGGAAGCCGUGGAGGUCAUCAAGCUCAAACUGUGAGUGAUGGCCAUGUGAGCUCGGUGUAUGAAACCAACACCGAAGACUAUGACUCAACCUACGUUCCAGAGACGGAGCAUGAAGAGACCCCGUAUGAUGGGGGUGACACAUACACUGAUGAUGAUGAUGAAGAGAGUGAUGCCAAGUUCACCCAAAUGGGCGAAUUGCUGGAGUGGUAUCAAAAAGAAAAACUGAGGAGAGACCUUAGGCGCCAAGCGAGGCGUGGCUCUCGUGGAGGUUCAAUUCGGGUCAAGGAAGCCGGGGAGCUUCCGUGGCCACCCCAGCGGCGUCACAAGGUGGGCGUGAAGGGGGUUUUGUUGUGAGAAUUUCCAAGUACCUCAAGGAGGCUAGGGCCUUGGGGUGUAGGUCCUUUGACGGCACCGGUGACAUUACCGUUGCCGCCGAUUGGAUUAAGAAGGUGAAGGAUGCAUCAAGAGACAUGCAAAUCACACCGGACGUGAAGUUGACUGUCGCUUCACGGCUACUUGAAGGGAUAGCUUCUACGUGGUGGGAGAGCGUGGAAGGGAAGUACCAUGGGGAAAUAACAUGGGCGGAUUUUGAGCUAGAGUUCUAUGCUCAAUACUACUCCGAGUACGAAGUGAACGUGAAACGGAGAGAGUACACUAACCUCAAACAGAAGGAUGGCGGCACGGUUAAGCAGCUGGAACAAGAGUUUAGGACCUUGGCUAGGUUCUUGCCGGAGUACGCGGUUGAUGAGAACCGCAUGACGGAGCACUUUUGGGAUGCCUUACUCUUAGACAUCCGUGAUCGAGCCACGUACUCGCGCCACAUGACCUUUAGCAAGGUGGUGGAGCAGGGCCUUCUUGGGGAGGCCCAAUGGAAUGAAAGAAAGGAAAGAGACGCCGAAGAGGCGAAAAAGAGGAAAUGGCAUGGUUCGGGGCCGCCCGAGCAAGCACGGAAGAAUAACCACGGUGGGGGUGGUGGUACGUUCAAAGCGCCGGCACCACCGGCGAAGAAGAACAAGGAUGCUCGGUGGCAUGCAUCCUCCUCUCAAAAGACGGGACCCCCUAGGUGUCCUAAUUGUUCAAAAAAUCACUUCGGGAAAUGCAACGCACCCCCGAGGUGUUAUCAAUGCGGGAACACGGGCCACAUGAAAGCCAAUUGCCCACAAUUAGGGGGAGGAGGAGCUCCGGGAUCAGGAGGAGGAACCAUGACGGGAAGACACCGUGCGGGCCCGUCAAACGGCGGUACGGGAAGAGGCAACGCAUCCACAAGUCAUGUCGCGUCCGUAAACCAAGGCGGAACCCAAGCACGAGUCUACGCGAUGACCGAGGCGGAUGCGAGAGCAAACCCGGACUCCGUUGCAGGUAAUACGCGUAUUCCCAUGUAUUUCUAGGCUUACUUUGAUCAUAUACGUCGUUGGGAUUGAGUGCGGGCCACCCCGGGGUCGAACCGGGUGAGUUAGGCCGAAUCGGGCUGGAAACAGCCACUGCUGGCCAGGCACGCCCGCAGGCACGCCGUGCUUGGAAUCGUGCCUGGAAGGCAGUGGCACCCGAAGAGAAAAAAAAAAAUGGGCCAGGCACGGCCGCAGGCACGCCGUGCCUGGCGUCGUGCCUGGAAGGCAGUGGCGUCCGAAGAAUUUUUGGCCAGGCACGGCCGCAGGCACGCCGUGCCUGGCAUCGUGCCUGGCCGGCAGUGGCCAGCAGGGUGAGUUUGUUGCACGCACGGCCGUGCCUGCCACCCAGGCACGCCGUGCGUGGACCCCCAACACCCGAAAGUUGAUUUUUUCGCCCCGUUCUUC